GCAGAGGCCUUCCAGAACCCAACGCGCUUCCAGGGCUCCUCAUCCUCUCCCCCUCCCUCUCCUCGCCAUGGCCGUCUCCACCUCCACCUCCUCCUCGCUCUCGCUUCUCUUCCUCCACCGCGGCGGCGCAAACCCUACCCCCGCCACCCUUUCCUUCCCCUCCCCCCUCCGCACGUCCUCCCUCCGCUCCCGCGCCGCCGCAGCUCCGCCCGCCGAGACCCUCUCCGACGACGGCAUCCCUGACGCGCCUCCGGAAGGGGAGGGAACUGGAAUUCCGAUUCCAUCGUCGAUUGGGGAUGAUGGCGAUCAGCUUGCACCCAAGCAGAAGAUCAGAAUCAAGUUGAGGUCUUACUGGGUGCCGUUGGUGGAGGACUCCUGCAAGAAGAUCAUUGAAGCUGCCAAAACAACCAACGCAAAGACCAUGGGUCCUGUUCCUCUGCCAACCAAGCGGAGAAUAUAUUGUGUGCUCAAUUCUCCCCACGUUCACAAAGAUUCAAGGUUCCAUUUUGAGAUCCGGACACACCAGCGACUGAUUGAUAUCAUGUAUCCAACUGCCCAAACAAUUGAUUCGUUGAUGCAGCUCCAGCUCCCUGCCGGUGUCGAUGUCGAGGUCAAGCUAUGAUUCCGUUGGAGCUAAACUUUUUCAAAGUUUGAUGUACUGUAAUGCUCGUUUCUGCAGACUUUCUAGUUGAUCAUUUUGCUGUCUGAGACGGAAACAAAUAUAGAGCCUGUCAUAGGGAGAAAAAUGUUCAGAUGUGAAUGAUUUUGCAUUUGAAGUAUAUUGAAUGAGAUGGUUUACAUUAA